AUGAGGCUGCUGGGAGCCGCUGCUGUGGCUGUGGGGCGCAGGUCGCUGCCACGGGCCCCGGCUGCGCUGGGCUGGCAGGAGAAGCAGGUUAACUGGAAGGCCUGCCGAUGGUGUUCAUCAGGGGUAAUUCCUAAUGAAAAAAUACGAAAUAUUGGAAUCUCAGCUCACAUUGAUUCUGGGAAAACCACACUGACAGAACGAGUCCUUUACUACACUGGCAGGAUUGCAAAGAUGCAUGAGGUGAAAGGUAAAGAUGGAGUUGGUGCUGUCAUGGAUUCCAUGGAACUGGAGAGACAAAGAGGAAUCACUAUUCAGUCAGCAGCCACUUAUACCAUGUGGAAAGAUGUCAAUAUCAACAUUAUAGAUACUCCUGGGCAUGUGGAUUUCACCAUAGAAGUUGAAAGGGCCCUGAGAGUGCUGGAUGGUGCAGUCCUCGUUCUCUGUGCUGUUGGAGGGGUCCAGUGCCAGACUAUGACCGUCAACCGUCAGAUGAAGCGCUACAACGUGCCGUUUCUAACUUUUAUUAACAAAUUGGACCGAGUGGGUUCCAACCCAGCCAGGGCCCUGCAGCAAAUGAGGUCUAAACUAAAUCAUAAUGCAGCAUUUAUGCAGAUACCCAUUGGUUUGGAGGGUAAUUUUAAAGGUAUUAUAGAUCUUAUCGAGGAACGAGCCAUCUAUUUUGAUGGAGACUUGGGGUGCUUCCUGAGGCGUUUCCUUUCUCUACUAUGGAAUUGGGAUACAGUGGAAAGGAGAACUGGUGCCAGGAUUGUUCAAUAUGGGGAGAUUCCAGCUGAAUUGCGGGCAGCAGCAGCUGACCACCGUCAGGAGCUCAUUGAAUGUGUUGCAAAUUCAGAUGAACUGCUUGGUGAGAUGUUUCUGGAAGAAAAAAUACCCUCAAUUUCUGACUUAAAGCUUGCAAUCCGAAGAGCUACACUGAAUAGAUCAUUUACUCCUGUUUUUUUGGGAAGUGCCUUGAAGAACAAAGGAGUUCAGCCUCUUUUAGAUGCUGUUUUAGAAUACCUCCCAAAUCCAUCUGAGAUCCAGAAUUAUGCUAUUCUCAAUAAGGAAGAUGACUCAAAAGAGAAAAGCAAAAUCUUAAUGAACUCCAGAAGAGACAGUUCUCACCCAUUUGUAGGUCUGGCUUUUAAACUGGAGGCAGGUCGAUUUGGACAGUUAACUUAUGUCCGCAAUUAUCAGGGAGAGCUGAAGAAGGGUGACACCAUCUAUAACACUAGGACGGGAAAGAAAGUGCGGGUGCAGAGGCUGGUUCGCAUGCAUGCUGACAUGAUGGAGGAUGUUGAGGAAGUAUAUGCUGGAGACAUCUGUGCAUUGUUUGGCAUUGACUGUGCUAGUGGAGACACAUUCACAAACAGAGACAACAGUGGCCUUUCUAUGGAAUCAAUUCAUAUUCCUGAUCCUGUCAUUUCAAUAGCAAUGAAGCCGUCUAACAAGAAUGAUCUGGAAAAAUUUUCAAAAGGUAUUGGCAGGUUUACAAGAGAAGAUCCCACAUUUAAAGUACAUUUUGACAACGAGAGCAAAGAGACAAUUGUCUCUGGAAUGGGAGAACUACACUUGGAAAUCUAUGCUCAGAGGAUGGAAAGAGAAUAUGGCUGUCCUUGUAUCACAGGAAAGCCAAAAGUUGCCUUUCGAGAGACCAUUACUGCCCCCGUCCCGUUUGAGUUUACGCACAAAAAACAAUCAGGCGGUGCAGGCCAGUUUGGAAAAGUGAUUGGUGUACUUGAGCCUCUGGACCCAGAAAACUACACAAAGUUGGAGUUUUCAGAUGAAACUUUUGGAUCCAAUGUUCCAAAGCAGUUUGUGCCUGCUGUAGAAAAGGGGUUUUUGGAUGCCUGUGAGAAGGGCCCUCUUUCUGGUUACAAGCUCUCUGGGCUCCGGUUUGUCCUGCAGGAUGGAGCACAUCACAUGGUUGAUUCUAAUGAGAUCUCUUUCAUCCGAGCGGGAGAAGGUGCUCUAAAACAAGCCUUGGCAAAUGCAACAUUAUGUAUUCUUGAACCCAUUAUGGCUGUGGAAGUUAUAGUUCCAAAUGAAUUUCAGGGACCAGUAAUUGCGGGAAUUAACCGGCGCCAUGGGGUAAUCACAGGGCAAGAUGGACUUGAGGACUAUUUUACACUGUAUGCAGAUGUUCCUCUAAAUGAUAUGUUUGGUUAUUCCACUGAACUUAGGUCAUGCACAGAGGGAAAGGGAGAAUACACAAUGGAGUAUUGCAGAUACCAGCCGUGUUUACCGUCUACACAAGAAGACCUCAUUAAUAAGUAUUUGGAAGCUACAGGUCAACUUCCUGUAAAAAAAGGAAAAGCCAAGAAUUAACCUUCCAUAAUUUGAGUUGACCAACUUUAACUAAAUCUGUAAAGUUUAUAUGCUUUGGUGGAUUCCGUGGAAUAAGUUCAGGCUGCUGAAACAGGAGGUUUUAGAAACCCUUCCAUUCACUCAGGAGCUUCUGUUAUAUUCAAAGAUAAUCCUACAUACAGUAUAUCUCAACUUCGAUUGGUUUUAUAGUUCAUUGAAAAAAUAAAAUAAAACAUAAUUAUUGCUGAAAUAUAUGUAAUGUUUAUUUAAGGGUAAGAGACUAAUUUCAGUUAUACUUCUAAGCUUAGAAUGUGUGUAGACUCCCUUUCCAAAUUUUUUAUCAUAAGAAUUUUCAACAUACAGAAAAGCUAAAAAAAAAAAAAAAAGUACAAAGAACAGCCAUACACAGCUUCCACAUAGAUAUAACAGUGAGCACUUUUGUUAACAAUUUGUUUAUUAUAUAAUUUUUGCCAUAUUGCUUUAUCUAUUUGUUGUUUAUCUACAUCUUAUCCCUCUGUGGUUUUAAUUUAUUUGAGAUUAUUAGUUUGCUGAUGAUGCAAAAAUGAAUUACAUAUGUCAUACUACCUCUUGGAGUGUCAUUAGUGGGUGGGCUUUGCUGUCUGAGUGUGAAGUCCAUAUGAUCUUAAUAAAAAACGUUUUUCAGAAUGUUCAUGAGGCUAUUAAAAUAAUAGCUAAAUUUUUAUCUGCUUUAUAUAUGGCUGAUUGUUUCAAUUUGUGACUUCUGCAAUUUUGUAACUGCCUGUUUUAGGAGUGUAGAUUUUACUUCCUUGUGGUACAGUGUGAAAUAAGAAAUGGACCCUUGCCUAUGCUAUUCUUGUUGUGUUCAUCUUAAUGUUUCUGUAGCCUUAAAUAGUCAAUUAUAGAGUUGCUGCCUAGUUAGUUUCAUUGACCUAGUAAAUGCUCGUUGAAUUUGAGUCAUUGGAAUUUAUCAUAUAUUGUAUUCAAUGACCCAAUAAAGAAGAAGAAGAAAAAUGUUAAUCUUUUGUUUCUAGAGUAAGUUGGACUUUCCCAGGCAGUUCUAUUAAACUGUUCAGAGUUGCUUCAUCCAGAAAUCAUCUGAUGCCAUAGACAUAUCCUAGUCCUUCCCAUCACGUGAUGAUGGUAAUAAAAUAGUUGAUUUUUAAA